UACGAUACUUACGUGGUUCACCCUGUAUGAUGACGUCAUGUCGCGCGCUUUCUGUUCAUAAUACGAUCGCGGUGUAGCCACGAUUUCAUUCAAAGGCCUAGCUAAGCGUCCUGCAUCACGUAACGAUCACCAGCGUUUGACAUCGUGUCAUACAGAAGAGCGUGGAUAAUUUCUCAGUCCUGAAUGGAUCGCAAAUUCGAACAAUAUAUGUUAAGCCUUUUCUACCGUUUUAGUUAAGAAUCUCUAUAGUUUCCCAACGCGAAUUGUGACCUUUUCGCUGCAGCUGUCUGCAGCAUUGUGUGCUCAAUCACAGGGGGUGUGUCGGCCGCACGUGCGUUUCAUCUCACAGGUGGGAAAUUGAAGACCCCCCUUAGAGAUUCUACUGGACGCAGGUGACAUCUUUUAAGUGGACGCUGGCGGGUUCGAAAGUCACAGAACAGUAUCGUGGUAUAAAAGAAAGCAUUCCGUACUGCGAGACCCGUCAUAAGGAAGAGCUACGACUCAUUCAAGACAACGUCAACACCAUAGUUCAUCGGGUCCACCGUUUUUAUACCGAGCUCAUCAAGCCUGUAUUCCGUUAUAAUACCAGCUGCAAAAUCUCAUUCUCAGUGUGUGUGUCUGACUAGACUCGCGGGUCAUUGGACUCCUUUUUCCCUUACAUACCACACCCCCCAGUCCUCGUGCUCCGCGCGCGAGAAGCGCUCGUGCCCGGGUAUCACAUUUCGGCGAGGGUUACCGGUUACAGUAAGUACUGAUGGCGAGUUGGACGAGAACACUGGUGUGGAGGCUGUUGGUGACCGCUGUCUUUUCCAGGACCGUGGCCGCCGAUAGUGGAGGUCUGAAAUCGCCGCUAAAGGAGCAGGAAUCACAGCGGCAAAUAUCUAGACAGACGCAUUGCCAAUUUGGCAAUAACUCCUACGAGAUAGAAGAAAGAUGGAGACCGGAUCUAGGGCCCCCUUUUGGAGUAUUCUACUGUGUGCACUGUGAAUGUGUGGCAGUGCAACGAAAACGUCGCAUCGUGGCACGAACCAAGUGCAAAAACAUCAAGAAUAGUUGUCCGAAACUAACUUGUGACGAGCCAGUUCUUCUUCCGGAGAGAUGUUGCAAGUCGUGUCCAGGAGAAGAUUACCUAGGACUAGAGGAGCAUCUUGCAAGCCAAAAAUUAGGCGAGGAAGAUGAUGAUAGAAAAAUGAAAGAAUUUACCGUUCUGCUGACAGGAAGAGGACUGUCUCCAAUGGUGCCGACAGAGAGCGCUGCUAGAGGAUAUUUCACUUAUGUUAAAAGAAAGUUACAUUACACGAUUCAUUAUGUGGGAUCAGAAACACCAACGUUUCUGCGUUUCACUGAUUCUGACGGAAAAAUUCUGGAAGAACACGAAAUAAACAAGAUACAUCACUAUGGAAACGGUUUAAAGAUGUGCGGUGUGUGGAGGAUGAUUCCAAAGGUCUAUCGGCGGAAAUUAAUGAAAGGAAGAUUACAUCUGACCUUAGCUACAGAACACUAUCCAGAAGGUCUCGUAGCAGGGAAAUUUGUCAGGUCAAAGGAGCUGCACGUGAAUGAAGCCAUUGAACAUCAGGGGGCAGCACUGAUUCAGAAUUUUCCCGAUGACCUGGAAGAGAGCGUCAAAAUAACAGGCCUACCCCUGAUUGAGGUUUUCAGCGCAGUGCUUCUUCCGAAUGUUUCACAUUCUCCAGAAACAGCAGGUGGCGGUGGGGUCGCUAUGAUGUCACUGUCUCAGGGCAACAUUCUACUAACCAUUGAUUUCAACGGAAUCCUCGCCUCCGAAGAUUCUCGACACGUGCCCUUCAUUGUACGUCUGAAGAAACAAGAUGACCAGGUUGAGGCUGGAACGAUGGUCAGCCUGCAGAAAGUAUACCCAGACCUAAACACAAUUGAUGUAAAAUUUGACGUCACUUCCGCCCAGGAGCUCCUUUUGUCUCAAAACGGGCUGUUUCUUGAAAUAUCAUCCGAAGACGGGACAAGAGCCCUUUCUGGACCAAUAUUACCCAAGACUACGUGUAACGUAUUCCAAACAAUCCUGACCACUGGACAGUCAGCUGACACGCAAAAGGAAAAGCGCCAUCUGCCGACAGGAUUUGGAGUUUUGGCCAUACAAGCAAAUGGAUCAAUUUCGUUCAAGAUUCGGACCGAGAGAUUGACUGGUCAGGUGAACAAAAUUAGCCUUGAAACACGUAACCCUACCAACCAAGGAAUGACCGCGCUGAUCGAAACGACGCAGGUGUUUGCUACUGACCAGUGGAUAAAUGGCACGUUUCACAAAGCGACGGCACGAGGCCUGGAGACGUUGUUGAUUGGCGAUCUCUAUCUGCACGUGCAAACGAUGAAAGGUGAAGACAAUAUCCGAGGCCACGUUCGCCAAAGACUGUACACGGAAGCUUUCAAUUAUUAUUAUAUUUCCCUCAUUAAUCAUAGAUUUUUUCUCUCCCCCCCGACAGAGGUCCCAUUGCUUUUACUCGGUAAUAAUACCGCAGCCGGUCAAGUAUGGUUAUCUGUAGACAAACAUUGUCAACUCCAUUACGAAGUGUUUGUUUCUGGACUUCAUACUUCCGAUGACGACCUUCAAGAUGGCCGCCGUCAACGCCAUCUAGUGGAAGUGCAAGAAGUACAUUUGAAUCGGCAUAGAAAGCCUGAUCUGCAUGUGUUGAGAAAGUUUGGUGGCGAAGAGGUCGGGGACAUUGUGGAAGGUCUGGGCAUGAGGACACUAUUUCAUCUGGAAUUUGAACAGAGUGCUUUUCUGAUAACAACGAAAACCAACGGUAUUGGAAAGAAAGUCGACCUAGAAGCUACAAUAACGAACCUUCACCUGCCCGACUCCUGCCUUCCCCACACUGACCAGCUCCGAAGCGGUAAGAACGUGCGCAUGCUCAAAGACAGUUUCAACAAGAUCUAUCCUGAACCCACCCACAAGUGUUACUACGAGGGGGAGGUCAUAGAAGAUGGUGUUCAAUGGAAAGCCCAGCACGAAACCUGCACUAUGUGUUCCUGUCAGAUGGGACGUGUACAAUGUGACACCAUUGUUUGUCCAAAGCUGACCUGUGACAGCCCCUUGAUUUUAAAGGAAGAAUGUUGCCCAGUCUGUACAGAUGUAAAUAAUAAUAAUACUUCAAUCGAGAAGAAGCCACGUGGUUGUUUCUUUGAAGGCGACAAAAAAUUUCACUUGGCAGGCACCAGAUGGCACCCUUAUCUACCACCCUUCGGAUUUAGCCGCUGUGCCGUUUGCACUUGUGAUCAAGCUACUCUUCAGGUGGAAUGUCGGAAAAUCAACUGCCCAUUACUGACCUGUGGUCACAACGACGUUUUCCGAGAGCAUCCUCAUGAUUGCUGUAAAAAAUGCCGUACCCAAGUGCGUAUAAAAUCGCAUGAAGCUCAUCAACACAACCAUCACCCUGGCGACGAGGCUAUAUCCAUUGUAAACCAAGAAGAAAGAAACAAAGAUAUCCUAGCAGCUGGCGGAUGCCUAUUUGGUGACGUUAUCCAUCCAAAUGGUGACUUUUGGCAUCCAACAGUCCAACCUUUUGGAGAGAUGAAAUGUGUAACAUGCACCUGUAAGGACGGAAAGCAGAAGUGUCAGCGAGAACGAUGUCCAAAAUUUUCUUGUGUAGUGAAAGUACAAGAAGAAAAUGAAUGUUGUCCUCGGUGUAUCGACUCUAGCGAAAUUCGGACAACGGGAAGACUGAUAAGGAGAGCGGGUAAAAUGAAGAAAAGGGUUCGUUGGGAACGUUCAUCGAAACGCCAUUAAAGAACCUUGCCUCAGUUCAAGCGGAGUGAUAUUUGAUUUACACGAGUAUGUAGUGGUUAAGGUGUAACUACUGGGUUAAGUAAAAAAAAAAAA